AUGACUCAACACUCAACACAGGUGAGUGUACUAGGUACUUCAUCGAGCUCCUUCCCAAGCUCUCACGCGAAAAUUGCCAAACCCAAGGAUACGCCCUACUUUGUCGACAAUGAGUUCCGUCUCUCAGCGACGACAGAAUUCAUCGACGUGCAUGACCCUGCUACCAAUGAGCUUGUUUCGAAAGUUCCCAAGAUGACCGAAUCAGAACUAGAGGAAGUGCUCCAAGCCGCAGGAACAGCAUUUCCAGCGUGGAAGGGGAUGUCUACAAUUGCCAGACAGCAAAUCAUGUUCCGCUUUGUUAAUCUUAUUCGGGAGCACUGGGACCGUCUUGCUGCCGUGAUAACAUUGGAGCAAGGUAAAACGCUGGCAGACUCCAAAGGAGAUGUUUUGCGAGGCUUGCAGGUAGCCGAGGCCGCAUGCGCUGGACCUGAAUACAUGAAAGGGGAAGUCCUAGAAGUCGCCAAGGAUAUGGAGACCAGGACUUACCGCGAGCCACUGGGUGUUGUUAGUGUCAUCUGCCCAUUUAACUUUCCUGCUAUGAUUCCACUUUGGUGCAUUCCAAUUGCGACUAUAACAGGCAAUACUGUUGUUCUCAAACCGUCAGAGCGAGCGCCUGGGGCAGCUAUGAUUUUGAUGGAAUUGGCAGAGAAGGCUGGCUUUCCUAAAGGAGUGAUCAAUGUUGUGCACGGGGCACAUGACACCGUCAACUAUCUGCUUGAUGCCCCUUUAAUCAAGGCCAUCAGCUUUGUUGGGAGCAACCAAGCCGGGGAAUACAUAUUUGAGAAAGGAACUGCCAGUGGGAAGAGAGUGCAGGCAAACCUCGGAGCGAAGAAUCACGCUGUUGUUUUACCCGAUUCCGAUAAAGACUCGACCUUGGAGGCUAUCACGGCUGCAGCAUUCGGUGCAGCUGGCCAGCGCUGUAUGGCACUAUCGGCACUGGUACUUGUCGGUGAAGCAAAAGACUGGCUCCAAGAACUGGUUGAGCGAGCCAAGGGCCUCCGCGUGGAUGGAGGAUUCGAGCGCGAUGCCGAUCUUGGUCCAGUCGUGACGCCGCAAAGUAAGCUCAGAAUAAACAAGCUUGUGGCAAGUGCCGAGAGCGAAGGGGCUACCAUCCUCCUGGACGGGCGAGGAUUUCAACACAAAAAGUAUACUAACGGCAAUUGGGUCGCCCCAACAAUAAUCUGUGACGUCAAUCCCACCAUGCAGUGCUACAAAGAAGAGAUUUUCGGACCGGUGCUUGUCUGCCUUCAGGCAAACUCACUCGACGAUGCUAUUAGUUUGGUAAACGCAAAUCCUUAUGGGAAUGGCACGGCGAUAUUUACGUCUUCGGGGGUGUCUGCUGAGAGGUUUCGGAAGAACAUAGAGGCUGGCCAAGUCGGUGUCAAUGUUCCCAUUCCAGUCCCUCUCCCGAUGUUCUCGUUUACCGGGAAUAAACGAAGUGUUGCUGGUGGCGGUGCGAAUACAUUCUAUGGUAAGCCUGGUGUCAGUUUCUAUACGCAAUUGAAGACUGUAACAUCAAAGUGGGCUGGGCGAGACAGCGAACCUGGAAAAAUGACGCUUUCGAUGCCUACAACUAGCUGA